AUGGAGAUAACUCCAAGUUCUCAAAAGGAAGAUAUGGACUGCCAAGAGUUGACUUUAGGUGUAAAAUCAGUGAUGUUGACACCAAAACCAAAUAGUGAGUUUCUAACAGGACCAGCAUUGGCUAGUGUCAAAUUUUCAAAUUUGUGUCCUGAAUCACAGCAACAAGAUGUAAAAACUUUGGAGUUUACUCCAGAGCCAAAGUUGCAAAGUAUAAAACAUCUGAAAUUGUCUUCAGUGUCUCUGCAGCAAACUGUAAAAUCUGUGGAGUUAGCACCUAAGUCACUGCCUCAAAAACAGAAAUCUGGUAACCAAACUCCAAGAAGUGAUCAAACCACAGAAUCCUCUGAAGUUAUCUCUGGCCCAGGGAAACAGAUUGUAGAAUAUUCAGAGAUGAUCCCAAAGCCAAAUCAGCAAGUCCCUACAACUGUGAAUUUUAAUUCAAUAUCAAUUUACCAAGCCCCAGAAUCUCCAGAAAUGACACAAGAGUUGGCACAAAAAGACACAGAAACUGUGGAGAAAUCUGUGGGAUUGACCUCAAAGCCAACAGAUAAAGCCACAGAAUUUUCAGAAAUGCCUCUACAGCUAGAUCUUCAAGUACCAGAAUCUGUUGAUCUGGCUUCGGUGCUAAGGGAUCAAGGCUCAAGAUCCUUAAAAUUAACCUCAGAGAAAAGCUACCAAAUCCCAGAAACUCUGGGGAUGCUCUCUCAAUCAUGGCCUCAAGUUAAGGAUUUGGGGGAGUUAUAUAUAAAACCAUUACAGCAAGUUAUAGAACCUGAAGGGAUGAUCCAAGAAUUUAAGCAUCAUGCUACAGAAGACAUAGGGUUGAUCUGUGAAGCAAGGUUGCAAGGGAAAGAAUUUCUUGGAACAAUCCCAAAGACAAUAAGUCAAACUACUGGAUAUGCUGAGAACUCUCCAAAGCACUAUCCUCAAACCUUAGAACCUGUGGGGAUGAUCUCUGAGAAAAGAAUGCAAAGGGAAAAAACUGAAAUAUCAUUGCCAAAGCCAUCAUAUCAUGUCCCAGAUUCUGCUUCAGGGAUGACACCAUGGCUAGGACACAUUCAAGGUCCUGAAUCUGUGGAGCUUACUUCUGAGGAACCUAUGGAAUUAACCCCAAAGUCACAACAUCAUGUGGGAUCUUUAGGAAUAACAUUAGGGUUAGGAGAUAAAGUCCCAGAAUCUGUAACUCUGAUCUCUAAGCCAUCACUGGAAAUAGAGGAAUCUUUAAAGUUGGCUCCAAAGCAAAAAAGUCAAGUUGUGGGACAUGCAGAAUCUAUAGAGCUCAACUCUGAGACAUGGCAGCAAGAUAAGGUAUCAAGUGGGCUAACAAAGUCACAGAAUCAAAGAAGGAAAAAUUCAGGGAUAGCUCCAGCAGGACCACCGAGUCAAAUUAUAAAAGGUAAGAAGAUUAGUCCAAAACCACUGGAUCAUGUCACAUCACAGAUUCAAGUUGCUCAAUCAGUAGGGGUGAUGCCAGCAGCUCCCCCCAAAGUUGUAGAAUCUGUGAAAGUGACCCCUAGGCCACCACUUAAACAUGCGGAGUCUGUGGCAACACCAGGGCCAAAACCUCAAAUGGCAGAAAAUAUUGAGUUGACUACAAAACAUCAAGACAUAAGAUCUUCAGAGUUGACCUCAAGCCCAUGGUUACAGAAUAUGAAAUAUAAAGAAUUAAUCACAGAGCCAACACAUCAAAUUUUGGAAAAGAUUGUGUUAACCCCAGGGCCAUUGUAUCAAAUUGUAAAAUCUGAGGAAUUAGCACCAGGACCAGUUCCUCAGGUUGUAGGCACAAUAGGAGUAGCCAGGGGAUCAGAGAUUUAUGUAAUGGAUUAUUUGGAUUUAGUCCCAAUGCCUUAUCUUCAAGAACUGGCACAACCUGUAAAAUUAACUCCCAGGCCAAGUAUUCGAGUGAUGUCUGCAGAAUUAGCCUCAAAACAAACAUCUCCAUUUGAGGAACCAACAAUAUUGACUCAUGAGCAAAAGUUGACGCCUGCAAAAUCCUCAGAGAUAAAAACAGAAUCUCCUAAAGUUAUGAAAUCUGAGGAUUUGAAUCAAGGACAGAUGUGUCAAAAUUGGGACUCUAAGGAAUCAAUGUCAGAAGAAGAGUCACAAGUAAGUGAUUUUUUCUUAGAGUCCCUAAACAGCUCUUCAACCCCACUCAUUUCAAGUUCUGUCAAAACAUCUGAAUUAGGAAGCCUUUGGGGUUCUGGGAUCUCAGAAGUAUCAAGAGCUUUGGAUAUGAAGAACCUUGGGACAUAUAUUUUGCAGCCAGAAGAGUCCUAUUCUGACUCUGUUAUGAUGCAGCCAUCAUCUCUUCUCUGGGACCUUCAAAAUGAACCCUCUGAUAAUAUAGUGGACAUUGUGGAAACCCCACAUCCUGAGACUGUGGGAGUGGAUAUCACAUCUAAGGAGAUAACUAAGAAGCAGCAGAUGGAGAAGUCAGAGGACUCACUCCAGAACUAUUCCCAACAUCCAUUACGAAGCCGGAGAUCACCAUCUGGGACUUUCCAGGGAAGAUCAGGGUCUCAAAGAGGUUCUGCUCGGCCUUUCUUGGGCAGACAACAGAAUGUCUGGGAGAAUCAUGUCAAUAGGCAGCGACUACCUAGAAAAUAUCUCUCUGCUAUGCUAAUGCUAGGGAAUGUCUUGGGGACGACUAUGGAAAAGAAGCUUUGUUCUCGAAUAUGUUUAGCAGAAAGAGCCACUACAGAUAUCUGUAAGUCUAUUCAGAAUUUAUUUGGGGUUCCAGCUGAACUGAUGGAAUUUUCCCAGAGCCUGCUAGAGAAUGGUCCAUGUACUAUUUCACAGCAUUCAGUGGUCAAAAGUUACAUUCAGAGACAUACUUUAUGCCACAGUCCUGAUCAAAGAGGGACUCUAAGGAUGUGGACACGUGGUUCCACGGCUUCCAUAAUACGGCAAUACUCUGGGACCAGAUUGGGCACAAAGAAAACAGACUCAAAGCUCAGUAAUAUAUCCCAGGAAGUCACUCAGCAUAUGCCUAUCUCAUAUGCCGAGGGCCAGCUUCCUGCCCUAGCAAAGUCAGAGUCUUCUAUCAAGAUAUAUUAUAAUAGGGAGGAUCCUAUUUCCCAGGAAGAGAGUGAAAACACACAGAGUGAUUCACACAGAAGAAUUUUUAAGUCCCAACACUCCUUCAAGCCAAGUUAUCUUUCUCCGGUCAAGACUGACUUUUCAGAACAGUUUCAAUUGCUACAAGAACUGCAGCUAAAAAUAGCAGCAAAACUCUUAAGGAGUCAAAUACCCCCCAAUGUGCCUCCACCUCUAGCUUCAGGUCUUGUCCUAAAAUACCCUAUCUGUCUACAGUGUGGCCGAUGUUUAGGAUUUAAUUGCUGUCAUAAAAUACACACCACUUUGGGGCCUUAUCUUCUUAUCUAUCCACAGAUCCACCUUGUAAGUACUCCUGAAGGCCAUGGUGAGAUUCGGUUGCAUCUUGGCUUUAGGUUGCGGACUGGAAAAAGAUCCCAAGUUUCAAAGUAUCAUGGAAGAAGCAGACCCAUGACACCAAAUAGUCCUAUAGCACCAUCAAAAAGGAAAGCUAAAAUUUAUACUCCAGUUUCUAAGAAUCCUACUCCCACGAGAGAUUUCCAGUCUAGAGCUUUCCAGUCCCCUGCUCCUGUACAAGUCUAUAGCAAACAAAGGCAAUGGGGUAGCCCUGGUCUAGUAGGAAAGACAGAAAUUGGAGAGUUUGGGCAGUAUGAAUUGUCUCAUGUGCACUCCCUAUCAGAGAGUGACUCUGUAAGCUGCUAUCAGGAUGAAACAUGGGCUCGAGUGAGAACCCAAAAAUCCUGGGAUUCAAAAUUUCCAGUGAAGAGAAUCAACAAAGGAACACCAAACACAAACACUGGAGCCACAAUACAGAGUCCCUCUAAGGAAUUCCCAGCCCCUUUAAAAAGAAAGAGGACUGUAGUAGCUCAUACAAGUUCUGCUUCCUUAAGAAGACCAAUUAAGAAAUCCCCCCAGCCCAAGUUCCUGCGACUGCUCUUUCAGGGCCUCAAGCAGGCAUUCCAAACAGCAUGCAGAAUGAUAGCUUCUUUUGGACAGAAGCCUGAGGACAGGACCAGGCCAGAUGAUCUGUGGUCAAGCAAAAGCUAUGAUUCAAAACAAAAAGCCAGAGACUACUGUUUACCAAAAGAUAAAAAAGGAGACGGGACACCAGUUAUCAAGCAAAGGCCACCUAGUCCAAGCACUAAGAAGGAGGACAUAUUGUUGGAGGACACAAACCAAAGCAAAUCCGCCCCACAGUCACAAACAGAGAGCCCUUGCCCAUCCAGACCUCUCCAGCUGCCCAAGCCCACAGUGUCCCAAAGAGAGGUCACUUUACAAACUGCUACUUUCAGGCAGACUUUGGGUGUAGUUCAAAAUGACAGCAGCAGCAGUGCCAAGAAAACCCUCCAUAAAGAUGAAAUUUCCAGUCAGAAGCCCAAGAAUUUGCUCAAAUCCGAAACCAGACUUCAGGUGAAGAGAAACCGGAAAGGCCCUCACAAGGAGGCCAGCUGCCACCAGGGGGACAGAACCCCGCAGAACGCCCCUGACAAGAGCCAGCGCAGCCCUUCCCACAGAACCCUUUCCAGUGUCUCUGAGAGGAGCCAUCAGGGACUCUCAGAGGGGACACAUCGCAGUCCCUUGAAGAGGAGCCAUCACGAUGCCCCAGAGAGGAGACGCCACAGUCUCUUAGACGGGAGUCAGCAAAGCUCCUCAGAGAGGCCACCUCACAGUCCCUCAGAGAAGAACCAUGUCAGUCCCUCAGAGGUGGUAUGUCCCAGUCCCUCAGAGAGGAGCCGUCCCAGUCCCUCAGAGAGGAGCAUUUGCAGUCCUUCAGAGAGAAAGCAGCAUAGACCCUCAGAGAGGAGCCCUCGCAGAGCCUCAGGGAGAAAACAUCACAGUUCCUUAGAGAGACGUCGAAGUACCUCAGAGAGGACUCAGCGCACUCCCUCCGAGAGGAGCCGUCGCAGUACUUCAGAGAGGAGCCAUCCCAGUACCUCAGAGAGGAGCCGUCGAAGUACCUCAGAGAGGAGUCGCCAAAGUACCUCACCCAGGAGCCACCGCAGUUCCUCAGAGAGAAAACGUCACAGUCCCUCAGAGAAGAGGUGUCGCAGUCCCUCAGAGAGGAGACUUCGCAGUCCCACAGAGAGGAGCCGUCGAAGUACCUCAGAAAGGAGCCCUCGCAGUCCCUCAGAGAGGAGCCGUCGCAGUCCCACAGAGAGGAGCCGUCGAAGUACCUCAGAAAGGAGCCCUCGCAGUCCCUCAGAGAGGGGCCUUCGCAGUGCCACAGACAGGAGACGUCGCAGUCCUCGCAGUCCCUCAGAGAGAAGACGUCGCAGUCCCUCAGGGAGGAGCCGUCGCAGUCCCUCAGGGAGGAGACGUCGCAGUCCCUCAGAGAGGAGAAGUCCCUCAGAGAGGGGCCGCCGUCGCAGUCCCUCAGAGAGGAGCCGUGGUAACUUCUCUAAGCUAUCCUUUGGCAGUCCCCCUGGGAUAAGAGGACACAGUCCUUCUGGGAGAAGCCAUCACAGUCCCUUUGAGCUGAGGCAACACAGGCCCUCUGAGAGGAGCAAGCAUCGCCACCCUGAGAGAAGCGACCACAGUGCCACUGACAGGACCUGUCACCGUCCCUCUGAGAGAAGUCAACGUCGUCAUUCCAAGAGGAGACACCGCGGUCAUUCUCAGAGAAGACACCGUGGUCACUCUGGGAGGAGACACCGCGGUCACUCUGGGAGGAGACACCGCAGCCACUCUGAGAGGAGACACAGCAGCCACACGGAGGGAAUCCAUCAGAAUCUCCCCAAAGAGAGGCUCAAGCACAGCUCCCCUAAGGAGAGGCCCAGACAUAGUUUGUCUAAAGAUUCCAAGAGUUACUCAGCCAUGCCUCCCGCAGACCCAAACGACAACUUCAAAAGCAAGACGAGUUUGGAGGCCCGAAGCUAGUAGAUGAGGAGAGCUCUGCCCCUGCUAUAAAUCGUCUUCCUUGAAUUUUCACCCUUUCCCGGCUUCUUUCCUGCUCAGCCACUGCCUCCAAUUCCUGCACCCUCAGCAAUGAAAGGGCUGCUUGAUCUCUCUACCUGGGGGAGGGGGACAGAGAAUGAGUCUGUAAUUUCUCUAAGAUCA